CCCGUGCGGGUUUUUUUCUUUCUAUUUUUUCCCCCUUCUGCUCUCCUGUUGUUGUUCCUUGUCUGCGGGCUCCUCCCCCGUCUCUUUGCUCCGCUCGCUUGCAUUUAGGGGUGUGUGUUGUGUGCGCGAGAGAGCGAGCGAGUGUAGAAGCGGGGCCCGGCGCAGGUGGAUCCGCCUUGGAGAGGCGCUCGCGGCCACGGCCGUCGCUUCCGAGUGAUGGAGCAGGCAGGGAUCGCCGAGUCCCGCUGCUGAUCUGUCUCCCUCUCUCACGCGCAAAUUAGGGUUGGCCUCAUGGCUCCGGGAAAAGCUACUGGGACUGGAUCUUUUCCCCUCUCCUUGUCCACUUGAGCCUUGGACAGGAGCUCAGUAGGCGGGCUAAACGGAUCUCCCUGUGCGUGCCCUGCCCGAGGGAGGCAGCCAGGAGGGCCCAUCCAUGCCAGGAUUGCACCCCGCACUGGGCAGCAGCACCACUCACGACUCCGAUUCCGUUUUCUCCUCCCCAGAUGGAAUUAAAGGGCGAGCGGCAGAGGAGAAGGGCGUGAGCCCGGCCGGCGAGAGCGGCGCCUCCAGCCAAGCGGCCGUGAACCUCUGCGUCUCCUUGCGGGUCCCCCAGACUAUCCCCAUGGACCUGCGGAUUGGACAGCGUCUCGCCAAACCUGGCCCCGACACUGCCUUGCUGGCCCUGAAGCAGACGCAACAGCUGCAACACCAGCUGUUCCUGGCUAGUUUGCACCAACAACAAGUUGAACAACUCACACACCAGCACCUGCGGGUGCCGAUGGAGCCACCGCCUCAAGAUUCCAUACCUGGGAAGCAGGAACAGGAGCUGCGGCUGCUCUUGAAUAAAGACAAAAGCAAGCGCAGUGCCGUAGCGAGUAUGGUUGUGAAGCAGAAGCUGGCUGAAGUCAUCCUGAAGAAACAGCAGGCUGCCCUGGAAAGGACCAAUGCACCAAUCAUUACAUACAGGUCCUUGGAACCAGUGGAACACAAAGGCCCAGCCAAUCCUGCACUCCCCAGUUUCUUUCCUCCUGUCUCCAACAACUCCGGAGACUCCCCAGAGCACUUUCCACUAAGGAAAACAGCGUCUGAGCCCAACCUGAAGUUGCGCUAUAAGACUAAGAAGGCUGGCGAACGGCGCAAAAACCCACUAACCCGCAAGGAGAGCGCCCCCCCUUCCUUGAAGAGGCGUCCAACGGAACCCAUUGUCCCAGCAAAAGUGGAAGCUCCUGAUAAUCUGCUGUGCGUAGAUGGCAGGUCACAAGUUACUCAGAUUUGCCUUACAACAGCCCUGUGUGGUUGUGGCCAGCAUUGUCCUAUAGAUUCAUCUCCCAGCAGCAGCAGCACCCCAGUGUCUGGGUGCAGUUCACCCAAUGACAGCCUGGUGCCAGAACAUGGAGGCCUAACAGCUGCACCAGGGCUUGCACAAGAGACACCACUAGCUCAGCGCCUGAGAAUGCAGGAGACCUCAUUGGCCCAGUUUGCUCUUCAGACCACUGGCUCCCUCCCAGCUCUCACCCUUGGACUACCAACCACUUCCGCAGCAUCUGCCAGGGGUGAUGGAGAUCAUAGGACACUUCCAGGCCUUGCUCACAAGGUGCCUGUCCUGACUAGCACUCAUGCACCCGUGUUCCUACCAACCAGCUUGGAGCAACAUGAACCUGGGAACCCCCUGUCCACUCGCCUGCAGCCUGUUAUCAUCCUGGAGCCUUCACUCACCCAUUCUCCUCUUGUGACAGUUCCAGGACUGGGAACGGUCCCUUUUCACUUCAGCCAUUCCCAGCUGCUUCCCCCAGAGCGGCUAUCGAUGCCCACGCCUCACAAGCCCUUGGGGCGGACACGCUCAGAGCCUCUGCCGUCCAGCCCCAGAGCUGUGCAGCAACAGCUGGCGUACCAACAGCAUCACACGCUCUUUCUUGAGAGGCUGAAGCAGCAGACACAGCUGGGCAAGCGCAUGGCCAAGUCUAGCGAGAAGCCUCGGCUGCAGCAGAUCCCCUCUUCGGAAGACAUGGAGGCCGAGACAGGAGAGGAUCAGAGCGACCUGCCCCAGGGCCAGAUGGAGCCUUCGCCAACAGGGGGCAACAGCAAAGAGACGGAAAGGAGCUCCAGGUUGGGUCAGCCUCAGGAGGAGCAUGUCCUUCAGCAGCAGGCACAGUAUGUCUGGGAGCAGCAACAGCGCAUGCAGCAGCAACAGCUUCUCCGGAGACAGCCUGACCCGCUACUUGUCUCAGCCACUCGCGGAGCCCACAGGCCGCUCUCCAGAGCUCAUUCAUCACCUGCCCCCGCCACUGCAUCCCACUCCACCCAGGACACAUCUUCCAAGGCUAUCCCACUGCCGGUGCAAGAGCAGUCGACCAAGCCACGCUUCACCACAGGAAUUGUGUAUGACUCAGUCAUGCUGAAACAUCAGUGCUCAUGUGGGAACAACAGCAAUCACCCUGAACAUGCUGGCCGCAUCCAGAGCAUCUGGUCUCGCCUGCAGGAACGUGGCCUACGCAGUCAGUGUGAGUGUCUCCGGGGGCGCAAGGCUACUUUGGAGGAGCUACAGUCAGUUCACACCGAGCGUCACGUGCUGCUGUACGGCACCAACCCCCUCAGCCGCCUGAAGCUGGACAAUGGCAAGCUAGCAGGAAUCCUCUCCCAGCGGAUGUUUAUCAUGCUGCCCUGUGGUGGGGUUGGGGUGGAUAGUGACACCAUCUGGAAUGAGCUGCACUCCAGCAAUGCGGCACGUUGGGCAGCUGGCAGCGUCACCGAACUGGCCUUCAAAGUGGCCAGCAGGCAGCUCAAGAAUGGCUUUGCUGUUGUACGACCUCCAGGACACCAUGCAGACCCUUCGACAGCUAUGGGUUUCUGCUUCUUCAAUUCAGUGGCAAUUGCAGCUAGGCAGCUCCAGCAAAAAGGGGAAAUCGGCAAGAUCCUCAUUGUAGACUGGGAUGUUCACCAUGGCAACGGGACGCAGCAAGUGUUCUACAGGGACCCAAAUGUCCUCUACAUCUCUUUGCAUCGCCACGAUGAUGGCAACUUCUUUCCCGGAAGCGGAGCAGCAGAUGAGGUGGGCUCUGGUGCUGGAGAGGGCUUCACCGUCAACGUUGCUUGGACAGGCGGACUUGACCCACCCAUGGGAGAUACAGAGUACUUGGCUGCUUUCCGGACGGUUGUGAUGCCGAUUGCCCAUGAGUUUUCACCAGAUGUGGUGCUAGUGUCCGCAGGCUUUGAUGCAGCUGAUGGCCAUCCUCCCCCACUGGGAGGCUACAAAGUCUCAGCCAAAUGUUUUGGCUACAUGACCCGGCAGCUGAUGAAUGUGGCUGGAGGUGCUCUUGUGCUUGCCCUGGAAGGUGGCCACAAUCUGACGGCCAUCUGCGAUGCCUCAGAAGCCUGUGUCUCUGCCCUUCUGGGUAACGAGCUGGAGCCCUUCCCAGAGGAGACCAUGCAGCAGAAACCCAGCGCCAGCGCAGUGCGCUCCUUGGAGGCAGUGAUCCGGGUACAAAGCCAGUACUGGAGCUCCGUUCGGCGCUUUGCCCCCACUGUGGCCUAUUCGUUCCUGGAAGCGCAACACCAUGACACGGAAGAGGUGGAGACUGUGACAGCACUAGCCUCACUUUCUGUGAUGGCAGAAAAAAGGCAGCAGGAUGAACCUAUGGAAGAAGAGUCCAUGAACCAGUGAUGGCUUGUUUCAUCCUCGUGCAGGAACACAGUUUCUUUCAUGGCUUCUCACUCGUAUCACAGCUCUGGCUCUGCCUGCCGUGCAGCCCACGUUAACCCAUGUUAAACAGACUCAAGGUUCAGACAGAGGCUCUGUAGAAGGGGCAUGUAACAGAUCACCCAGGAUUAAUUGGUGACCCUGGACACUGCCUCAUGUGGAACUCAGCCGUGCAAGCAGCAGUCCCAAACCUGACGUCCUCUCUGGGAUCAUCUUGGACUGAAAAUCUGAGCUUCUAAAGGUGCCCAGUGGGACACAGGGGACUGGAUAUGGACUCCAAAACUGGAGAGUGUGCUCUGAUGUUGGGUUGGUGCCUUUUCCCCUCCAGAGCCAAAGAUAUCCCUUGGAGAGACCCUACUGAGGAGGACUGUUGUCCUUACUUUCUUUAAGCAAGGCUUUGUUACUUUACACCAGGAUGUUCCGUCAUCAAGGGAGCUGGGCUUUGCAAGGGGAGAUCUUGCAGAAUCAGACGUUUGGAUGUCAAACUGGUGAUACAGCCUGGUUCCUGCUAACCACUGUCCCAAGCCUACCUUUUUGGUCUAGAACCUCCCUAAGUUGCACUAUAUAUAGAUCAUACAGACACAGACUUCAUCUACUUUCCAUAGAACUUUGCGGGAACAAUUGCACCUCCUUGUGGACUCAAGCCCUUGACUUGACCAUUUCUCCAUCAUCAAGGCACUAUGUAAAUACACAACCUUAUGGUGCUUGCAGCUGGUUGGUUUUCCCUGAUCCAUGAAAACAAGCAUCAUUUUUCCAAAGAGCAAACUGGGGGAGGGGGAGCAAUUUGUCCUCUGUUAUCCUAACCAAUAUGCAGAAUUUGGAUUCUUUUAAAUCUCAUUUGUUUGGGUU